CCGGCGGGCUGUGCCGGGAGUCGCCGCCGAGUCCGCCUGCGCCUUGGCCGCGCGCCCCCCGCGACCAUGGGCGCCCACCCGCGCCGAGCCGGGGUCGCGGGGCUCCCGCUGCUGCUGCCGCUGCUGGUGCUGCCGCCAGUGGCCGUGGCCUCCGAGGCUGAGCACCGUCUGUUUGAGAGGCUGUUCGAGGAUUACAACGAGAUCAUCCGGCCUGUGGCCAACGUGUCGGACCCAGUCAUCAUCCAGUUUGAAGUGUCCAUGUCUCAGCUGGUGAAGGUGGACGAAGUCAAUCAGAUCAUGGAGACCAACCUGUGGCUCAAGCAAAUCUGGAAUGACUACAAGCUGAAGUGGAACCCCUCUGACUAUGAUGGGGCAGAGUUCAUGCGCGUCCCCGCGCAGAAGAUCUGGAAGCCAGACAUCGUGCUGUACAACAAUGCUGUUGGGGACUUCCAGGUGGACGACAAGACCAAAGCUUUACUCAAGUACACAGGGGAAGUGACUUGGAUCCCGCCGGCCAUCUUCAAGAGCUCGUGCAAAAUCGACGUGACCUACUUUCCGUUCGAUUACCAGAACUGCACCAUGAAGUUCGGGUCCUGGUCCUACGACAAGGCAAAAAUCGACUUGGUCCUCAUCGGCUCCUCCAUGAACCUCAAGGACUACUGGGAGAGCGGCGAGUGGGCCAUCAUCAAAGCCCCCGGCUACAAGCACGACAUCAAGUACAACUGCUGUGAGGAGAUUUACCCUGACAUCACGUACUCGCUCUACAUCCGGCGCCUGCCGCUCUUCUACACCAUCAACCUCAUCAUCCCCUGCCUGCUCAUCUCCUUCCUCACGGUGCUGGUCUUCUACCUGCCCUCGGACUGCGGCGAGAAGGUGACGCUCUGCAUUUCGGUGCUCCUCUCCCUGACCGUGUUUCUCCUGGUCAUCACCGAGACCAUCCCCUCCACCUCGCUGGUGAUUCCGCUCAUCGGUGAGUACUUGCUCUUCACCAUGAUCUUCGUCACGCUGUCCAUUGUCAUCACAGUCUUCGUGCUCAACGUGCACUACAGAACGCCGACCACGCACACCAUGCCCACGUGGGUGAAGACCAUCUUCCUGCACCUGCUUCCCAGGGUUAUGUUCAUGACCCGGCCGGCAGGCAGCGAGGGCCCCACCCAGAGGCCGAGGCCCUCAUACAAUGCGGAGCUCUCCAAUCUCAACUGCUUCAGCCGCACGGAGCCACGAGGCUGCAAGGAAGGCUGUCCCUGCCAGGAUGGGACGUGCGGCCAGUGUCACCACCGCAGGAUGAAAAUCUCAAAUUUCAGUGCUAACCUCCCGAGAAGCUCCAGCUCAGAGUCCAUCCAGGCCGUGCUGGCUCUCUCUGCGAUGUCACCGGAAGUCAGAGAAGCCAUCCAGAGCGUCAGGUAUAUCGCCGAAAAUAUGAAAGCGCAAAACGAAGCCAAAGAGAUUCAGGAUGAUUGGAAGUACGUCGCCAUGGUCAUCGAUCGCAUUUUCCUGUGGGUUUUCAUCCUGGUGUGCAUUCUGGGGACGGCGGGAUUGUUUCUGCAGCCUCUGCUGGCGAGGGACGAGCCGUGAGCACCGCACCGGGUUUGCUGAAGGCUGACCCACAUGGGCAGGGGGCGCAUUUGUUUCUUCUGGUGGUAAAAUACACUCACCCAGGACAUGCACCGUCCUCAUCGCUGUUAGCCGCACCGUUCAGCGUAGGACAUACACCCACACUGUUGUGCAGCCAUCACCCCCAUCUCCAGACCCUCUUCGUCCCGGGAAACCCGAACUCCCCAGCCCCUC